AUGAAGAUUUUUGUGUCAACGUCACUACCCUCUUUAGCUUAUUUUCUUGUCAUCAUAGUAUUUUCUAGUGUGCCAACUUCAUCAGCUGCUGAUAACUUCAAUGACUGCCUUAUAGAACCUCAUUUUGUUGGCAUCACAACAGCAGAAGUUGUUUAUUAUCCGACAAACACUUCAUACACUUCCAUCUUCCAAUCUUCGAUUCAAAAUCUCCGGUUUUUAUCACCCUCCACCCCCGGACCUCUUGCCAUUGUCACUCCAGUCGACGAGGCACAGAUACAGAUAGUCCUCGGCUGUGCCAGAGACUUUGCAGUUCAGGUCAGGAUACGUGGAAAUGGCCAUGAUAUGGAAGGCUUAUCGUAUAGAUCUCCGGUCCCAUUUCUUCUGAUUGAUCUCACAAACUUCCGUGAAAUUACAAUUGAUGUUGUUAAUAGGACAGCCUGGGUACAGGCUGGGGUAACAGUGUCAGAAUUUUACUACAGAAUCGCGGAGAAAAGUAGUGCACUAGGCUUUCCGGGUAGUACCUGGCCUAGUGUUGGCAUUGGUGGAUUCCUAAGUGGUGGAGGAUAUGGAACUUUAAUGCGUAAAUUUGGCCUUGGAGCUGACAAUGUCAUUGACAUCCGGUUCAUGGAUAAAAAUGGGAACAUCUUUACUGAUAAACAGUCAAUCGGUGCUGAUGUCUUUUGGGCGGUUAGAGGAGGAAUUGCUUCAAAUUACGGCAUUGUUUUAGCGUGGAAAGUACAACUGGUUCCUGUUCCGGCUACUGUGACUGUUUUUAAUGUCAGGAGGACAUUAGAACAAAAUGCAACAAGCCUUGUUCAUAAAUAUCAGAGCUUUGCCCCAAGUACUGACCGCAAUCUGUUUGUUAGAGCCCGGAUCACUCCAGAAAAUUUGAAUGCAGAUGGUAGCCAGAAAACUGUGGCAGUAUACUUCCAAGCAUUGUACCUAGGACGGGCUAGUGGAGUACUAAAAAUCAUGCAAAAUAAUUUUGCGGAGCUAGGUCUUGUGAAACAAGACUGCUUAGAAAUGAGUUGGGCAAAAUCUGCACUAUGGUUUGCAGGGGAUGUUGGUUUUCCCAAGGGCGACUCGCUUGAACAACUGUUAAACAGAGAAUUGGCGCCUAAGCUGUACAUCAAGGCAAAAUCGGAUUAUGUUGUAGAACCUAUUUCCAAAAAUGGGCUUAAGCAGAUAUGGCAAAGACUAAUGGAGAUGGAACAAGGUGCAACAAACUUAGUAAUGACACCAUAUGGUGGUAAAAUGAGUACGUUUUCAGAAGGUGCCACACCAUUUCCCCAUAGAAUUGGAAACCUGUAUAUGCUGUUUCAAGGGGUUUAUUGGAAUGGAAGUACUCCAGUUGAGACUCAAAACAGUAGAUUGGCCUGGCUCAGAAGUUUAUCAAAUGAUCUGACUCCUUAUGUUUCAAGCAAUCCGAGGCGUGCCUAUGUGAACUAUAAUGAUCUUGAGUUGGGAGUAGUUAAUAGUAGUUAUGCAGAAGCCAGCACUUGGGGUACUAGGUAUUUCAACAAUAAUUUCAAGAGGUUGGUUCAGAUAAAGAAUAGGAUGGAUGCUGAGAAUUUCUACCUUCAUGAGCAGAGCAUUCCUCCCUUUCCCUUGACAUAA